AUGCAGCCCUCUCGCUUUCUUUUCCGCGUCGCCUUGCUGCUAUUACCCAUAGCCUUGAUCGGCACAACAUGGCUAUACUUGUACCCUGUUUUCCACGGCUGCGCCUUUCCUAAACCUCCGUCUACGCACGCGCAAGCCGUCGCACCGUUCCGUCUACUUUCGCUCGGUGAUCCCCAGCUUGAGGGUGAUUCCUCACUCCCGGAUCCGAAUGCGCUCGUCUUCCCGUCGAUCGAAAACCUCGUACCGAAUCUACGCGAUGCCGCCAAUUACACAGCGAAACGAGAUGUUCUAGACCAAGCAGCACGAGGUGUUGUAAAAGAUGCAGGGAAGUGGCUAGAGGGAAAGAGGAAAGCUGUCGAUCUUUGGGGAAACGACUGGUAUCUUGCGCAUAUAGUCAGGAGCCUGAGAUGGUGGACUGAACCCACGCACAUCAGUGUCCUGGGUGAUUUGCUAGGCAGUCAGUGGGUCACAGAUGGCGAGUUCACGAAAAGAGCGGGUCGGUAUUGGAAUGUUGUUAUGAGGGGAUUGGAGAAGGUACCUGAUGUUAUCUUUGGCGCGUUAGGGAGUGAAACCACGGAGCUGCCGCCAGCAGAAACAUCACAAGAACAAGAAGGCGAAGGAAAAGACGUGGUAGAAGAGAAAGAGAAGAAAAAAGAGAGGAAGCCGCUAUGGGGUGGUACAACAGAAGUACUCGGUGCAGAUAAAGACUGGCAGAAGCGCGUCAUAAACAUCGUCGGAAAUCACGACGUUGGCUACGCUGGUGACAUCGACGAAUCGCGCAUCGAACGCUUCGAGAAGGCGUUUGGAAGUUCGAACUGGGACAUCUGGUUCACACUGCCAGACGAACUGCGCUCAAACAAAACCGAUCCAACCGACCCAGACCAACGUACCGAACCAUCUUCAUCUACAAAAGACGCCUCCAGACCACCAACCCUCCGCCUCGUAAUCCUCAACUCGAUGAAUUUAGACACCCCCGCCUGGUCCUCGGACCUCCAGACAGAAACCUACUCCUUCAUGAACCACAUCAUUACCUCCUCCCUGCCUGUCACCGACAAAACACACGCCACCGUUCUCCUCACACACAUCCCGCUCGAAAAGGAAGCUGGUAUCUGCGUCGAUUCUCCAUACUUCGAUUUCUUCGAGGGAGGCCAAGGAUUAAAAGAACAGAAUAUGCUGUCUGAUCACGCUAGUAAGAUCGUCUUGGAAGGAAUGUUUGGCAUGAGUCCAAAUAAAGAUGCAGAGGGUGUAGGCAAGGGCAGAAGGGGCAUUAUCAUUAAUGGACAUGACCACGCUGGAUGUGAUGUUAUGCACUGGAUUAGGCAGCCCGGCGUGCAGGACACAUGUCAGGUGGCGAACGUGAAAAGGGAAGAAGCAUAUUGGCCAACUAGUACCGCGAACGACACCAUGAUUGCUACUUCGAUGGAUAUCGAUGGUGUCGACAUCAACUUUGUAGCUGCCAACGAUACCGAUACCGAUACCGAUGCCGCUAUCCAAACCGAGACCGAUUCUACUCAGGAAGCAUCAACAUCUGAAUCUUCACCAGAGCCUACUCUGGAACCGGCUUCCGAACCACCUCCACCGCCCAAAUGGCGCGCUCAGCGCUUCCCAAAUCGCCCUUACGAUAUCCAUGCAGAUGAUGAAUGCACGUCUAUCAACGACGCGCCCCAUAUCCGUGAGAUUACGCUCCGCAGUAUGAUGGGCGAGUACUCUGGCUAUGCUGGUUUCCUGUCUGCGUGGUUCGAGGAAGAGAAGGGAGAGAAGGGGGAAUGGGUUUUUGAGUUUAGCUCGUGUGGCGUGGGUGUGCAACAUUGGUGGUGGGGGAUACACAUUGUUGACCUGAUUCUGAUGGUUUGUGUGGUUAUUGGGGGUUCGAUUUGGGGAUACGAACGAGUGGCUGAUGAUGCGAAGAAGACGGAGGUGAAGAGGGAUGUGAAGGAAGGCAGAUCGGAGGACGUUAGAGAUAGGAACAAGGCGAGGAGGAUUGUACAGACUACACGCGGGCGUACAUCUUCUGUCAUGGAAGUUCAAGAACGAAAGAUAUAG